AUGGCAAGCAUCGACACCGUUCCAGAGAUCGGAUAUGCAUUUCUCAAGACCUACUAUCAACGCAUGUAUCAAGACCCAACCAAACUGCAUCACUUGUACUCUACGACUGCAGAAUGCACACAUGUGAAUUAUCAAAACGAAUGGGACAUGAACGAAGAGCAAUUGCCCACGAUCAAGCUCAUCGGUAAGGAAAAUAUCAGUAAAUUCUACACCAGACACACCAAAAAGGUACGUUCGAUUCAAGUAAAGGUGGACGGCUGCGAUUUCCAGUCCGCAGGUGCUAAUAGUUCGAGCAUUUUAAUUCUAGCGGUGGGCGAAAUGUGCUGGUCUGAGACGCCAGCGUUCCGAUUCUGUCAAACAUUUUUGUUGACGCCGGUGCCUAGCAACCCCAAAAUUUACGAUCUCACUAACGAUAUACUACGCUUCAUACCACAGCCGUUGCUUCAGAUAGAAAGCUCAUUUUCGGAAGAAUUGAAGGAGCAUAACUCAGAGUAUGCUGCUGAAAGCACACCGGCUCCGCAAGAGCCAAAGAAAGAAGAACUAAACGCUCCGCCCGUGGAAAACGGGAGCAAAGUUCAAGCAGCAGAAAAGAGCGUACAACGAGUAUCUGAGAAACCUCUCAAGAGCUCAAAAAGAGAGGAGAAUACUGCGAAACCAGAGCUGGUGAGUGACGAACCAGUGGCAGCCAAGAGCUCAAGCAAGGGAGUAAGAGAAGGUGAAACUGCCGGCGAGCCAGACGCCACACAUUCAGCAAACGGAAAGUCGAAAUCGUCCUCACAACCGGGAACGGAAAAGUCCGAGAUCGAUUUGAAAGAAGCAGAAGCUUCCACAAGUAACGAGACCACGAAUGAUGAAGGCGUUGAGCCCGAGAAACCUAUCACUCCGGAGCCUGCCAAAAAGAUGAACUGGGCUUCAAAAUUGGCCGCAUCUGAAUCCAAGGACGUUCCCAACAUCACGACAAAAUACAUACGUGCGGAACCAGAGACCGCGCAACCCAUAAAGAAAGCAUCAGAAAGAAAGUCAGUGUCACCAGGCGGUGCGCCACGGGACGGAAAAGAUGGGAAAAACCUGAAAAAGAAGCAGUUCUACUUCGUGAACAAGGAUGGCUACUACCCGGUAUAUGUAAAGGGAACCGGUGGUGUCACGGACGAUCAGCUAGUCAGAGCUCUCGAAAGCGAAUUUGGCGUUGUGAAGAAGAUCUCAUCCCAAGAAACGUUUGCCGUGGUAGACUUUGAGGACCAACGCUGUCAAACUGACGCUAUUGAAAAGGGUACGCUCGAGGUUAAUAACGUCGAAGUUCACAUGGAGCCUAAAACGGUACGCAAGCUCAAUAGUCCGUCCUCGGCUGCCUCCUCUUCCACACCAUCCGUAGGCCAGCGCUAUAGCAAGAAACACACCAAUAAGAGAAAGGUGUGA